CAGGAGCGGCACAGAAACAGGCAGCCCAAGCGGGACGGUCUCCCUGCCAGAGCCAACAUGGCGGACAGGGAUCCAGUUGCCGCGGACGACAGGAAGAGGUGGGACGUCCUGCAGAGAGGCGGCGGCGAUCAGCACAGAAAGUCAGACGGUCAUCACGGUCCUCGCUCCCCCGAACAAAACACCCAGACAGAGCUGUCUGUUCCUUUCAGAGGCCACAUCGCAGGUGGGAUGCAGCUGGGGAAGAAAAUCAUAGUUGUAGGUGCUGUGGAUCCACGGCCUGACAGGUUCUACAUCGGCCUGACCUGCGGCUGCGGGACGUCCCGAGCGCCUCCCUCUGACGUGGCGCUGGAGAUCGGCGUGCGAUUCAGGGACCGCCAGGUUCUGCGACGGGCCCGAGUGUCGGGAACAUGGGGCGAAAUCGAGCGGGGCGUCCCGUUCUUCCCCUUCAUCAGGGAUCAACCGUUCAAGAUUGAGAUUUGUUGUGAACGAAGCCGGUUUCGUGUCUUGGUGGACGGGCAGCAGCUGUUUGACUUUUACCACAGAGUGACGUCUCUGAAGGACAUCGACACGCUGUGGAUCAACGGCAGCGUGAGCAUCGCCAAGCUGGGCUGAGCUGAAGGACGACAGAUUCAACGGGUUUCUGGUGAAGAUGCUCAGAUCUCUGCUUCCUGGGACGCGUGUCAUGGAGGAGCACAAGCUGCUGGGAUUUGCCUCUCUGAACUCUGGACAGUCUGCCAGACAAUGAGCUUGGAGAAAGACAGCUGACCUCCGACCCGUACGGCCACACUGCUCAUUUGUUCCUACCUACGCAGCUACAGGUCGUAAUGAGCUGCUGUACAAACGGCCUGUGGGGUUGUUUUUUGGUGAAGGCCAGUCUCCAUGUGAAAAACUGAGACUGUCCUUCACCAAAAAACAACCCCAUAGGUCGUUUGUACAGCAGCUUGUUAUUUUUAAAGACAAGCGCCCUCUACUGGUCCUGUAAAUCAGUGGUUGUCGGACUUAUUAGGUUUCAGUAUUAUCCUCUCCCUGAUUUCUGAAUUCCAGUUCCCCGUUAACACGACUACAACUUUUUGCUUAGAAAACGGCAACAGAAAACCACAGCGAUCAUGCAAAGAAUGAACAACAACCUGCCAUCUGAAGAACAGAACAUUACAAAUAAGAAAUGGAGUGAAAGAGUUGUGAUUGGUGCCUCCUGAGCAGAUUUAUGUUAACACUAUGGCCUUAACGUUUCAGUUAAGUCAGCGUUUUUUUCUUCUUUUUUUUUUUUUUUUAACUGGUUCUUCUGGGUCAUUUUUAACAAGCCACCGCUUCAUAUUUUGCCAACUUCAUUGCUAGUGAGCCUUCAAAUUCAAGUUGCAAAUGCAAACUUCCCGCCUCUUCUGUGCUGCUUGCCGCAACAUUUAAAGUUGGGAAAUAUUGUUUAGAAGUGUAGUCCUGUUUCACACUUUAAGCCUUACUAUUAUUAUCCUAACCCUAAAUACAUAUUUUUACAAUCCUGUAAUAUAUUCAUGAUUUAUUCUUGUAUUUUUCUAUUUACAGACUUCUCUCACAUACCCCCUGUAGUACCUCCAUGUACCACUAGGGGUAUCCCCAUUUGGAGAAUGUGCGUGUAAAUAACAACAAUGUGGUGUGAGAGUUUGAUUCCUGUGUGAAGCGAGUCCCAGCUGUUUUGUUUUGCUUGUUUCUGCGUUUAUUACUGUCACCAUGACAACAAAGGUUCUCUAACAUUAACCUCAACCAUAAACAAGUGUUUUUGGUGGCUAAAUUUAACCAAACUAAUCGUUUUGACAAAUGCACACCAGGGUUUGUGGCGCAUCUCCUGCCGCCAGACCACCAUCUUCCUGUGGUGAUGUGUUCAAUGACCUCGCAGGCCACCGUCCUUUUGUGGUGAUGUGUUCAGUGACCUCACAGAUCACCGUCCUCCUGUGGUGAUGUGUUUAAUGACC